AUGAGUUCGAUCUUGGGGGCAAAAGUCUUUACCAAUUACUAUUUAGUGUCAGUGCUUAUGGUUAUUUUAGGAAAGGUACUAUCGCAGCUAGACUUUAAAGAGGUCGACGAUACACAAAAACGAAUCUUAUCGCCUGAAGAUACUCAAAAAGUGGGGAUUAAUGAAAAUAUAGCACCUGCAUUAAAAAAAGAUUUUAUAAAAGAUGUUCAUGUAAAUCCUUGCUUGUUGUAUAAUAAUGUAUCACCAAAACAUAGUAAAAGAAAACUUAUUGACUCCCACUUUGAUCACAAGAACAAAAGAAAAUUUCCAGGACCUGCUGGAUUACUUACAGGAACCUUGGAGGAAACAAAAGAUGAUGCGAUUUGCCAAAUUGAACUUUUAUCUCAGGAUAUAGAUGCAUCUCAAAAUUAUCUCAACAGGGGAAUAUUUGAAACACCAUUAUGGAAGAGACUUUUAGAAGAUACCAGUGAUUUUAGUUGCAAUACAAUAAAAGUGAUUAAACAACAAGCAUUGACUGGGAAUCUGAGGAGAAGAAAAGCAGAAAUUGUGAGGGGAUUUAUUGAAUCAAUUGAUAGAUCUGCUAUUGACCCUCUAAUAACAUUGAGAGAUACAACAGGGCACAUAAAAUUUACACUACAUAGAGAUGCCUGGUUGCACUUCUCACCCUACUUUAUCUCCGAGUAUUGUGCUUUAGUGUUACAUAAACCUACAGUUCUUACAACUGGUAGCACAUUCAAGAAGCAUUAUCUCAAUGUUACAAUAAAAAAUAUUUCUCAUAUAUACAGUAAUACUAUUGUGGAUGAGACUGAAGAAUUACCUGAUGGAUUUGUAAAGAUAGUAAAUGAAGAAUUAACACUGAUUAAACAUGAAAAGCAAAAUACAGAAUUUGAUUUUUCACCGAGUAAUGAAAUAAAUGAAGCUGACAUACUUGGAGACUUGGGAGGAGAGUUUUCAGACUUUUUUUGA